CUGCUGUGCUUCGUCGUAGCGGGAUUGGUUUUGAAAUAAAACAUUUACAUUGAUUUUCUUCAGUUAAAAAGGAUGGAGACUCGCUUCUCUCACCUGUACCAGCGGGACAGCAGCGUCUCCAUGCUGCGGGUGAAAAUGUCUCGGAGGCGCUCCCAGUCACAGAAAGAGAACCGGGAUCGCGCCAUGAACCGACGCAGGCGCUUGGACAAGCUGCCCGAGCUGGAGUCCUUCGCACUGGAAAUGUCUGUAAGCUGUCAGCCUGCAGUGUUGCAGAAGCAAGCAAAAACAAAUUUGGCUGCAGAGAACAGGAAGCAGCAGUUGGCACGCUACAAGGAGGCCAAGGAGCUGCAGAAAGAGAAAGAGAGGAGAGAAAAGGAAAAGAGAGGCAUCUUUAAGGUGGGCCUGUACAAGCCCCAGCCACUUGCAGUCCUGUCCCAGGUUUCCAUUUUGCCAAGUAGGACCAAGGCCCAGGUACCUGCCCAGUCCACCCGUAUGACCCGUUCAAUGAAACAGCAACAGGAUCAAAAGAUGAGUCAGCCUGUUACACAGAAAACAGCCACUGUUUCCGUAUCCAGGAAAGUUGAGCCAGCUGUGCUGAGGGCUUCAGCAAGCCAGGUUACCACUAAAACUCAAGCUGCACCCACAGCUAGCAGGGGAAAAGCCACAGCAGGGCAGUCAACAGUCCAUGUGCCAACAACCAGAUCUGUUAGUAAUCAACAAAUUACUUCUGCAAUGAAGAAACCUUCACCAGUUGACAGCACACUUAGAGGUCCCACCACCAGAGCUGCUGCUAAACAGCUUGCAGAACCAAUUCAAUCCAGGGGAAAAUCUGUGUUAAGUGGUAGUAAAGAUAUUUACAAUUCAGGCAAGAUUGGCACAAGGUCUGAGAUGAAAGAGCAGAAGCCUGCCAGCCAAGAUAAAGUGCAGGCCUCUGCUGAACCAGAGCUCAUCUCCAGGGAAGGGAUGAAAGAGACAACAGAAGCAAAUGGAUUUCUGGCCCCACUGUCGUUUGCUCCCAAGAACUUUGUGUUUCAGGCUCCUGCAGGCCUGAAAUGCUUUCAGUCUGUCCCCCUCACCCCUCGUUCUGCUGAUAGCUUUCUCACUCCGAGCUACAGUGGAGUCCCCCCACCCGUCUCCUUCUCGCCUGUGUUUCAUCAGCCCUGUGCGGAGCCCCCUGCCCCUUCUCCUCACCCACCUACUCCCCUGCCUGUUCCUCAGCUCCCAUCAACCCCAAGCUCUCAGGAGGCUCAGCAUGAUGUUGCCUAUUUCAGGACAAUCAUGGCCAGCGAGACAGACAGGCUGACACAGCUCUGUGAGCAGUGGGAUGUACGGACUGAGGAUACAUCCAUUCCAGAAGAGAUGAGAGAGAGGAUGAGGACCGCGGUGGGCCAGGCCCGGCUGCUGAUGAAGGAACGCUUUCAGCAGUUUGGGGGCCUAGUAGAUGAUUGCGACCUGGGCCGUGGGGAGAAGAUCACCACCUGCAGUGAUCUGCAGGGCUUUUGGGACAUGGUUUACUUCCAGGUGGAAGAUGUGACCAAGAAGUUUGAUGCUCUGAAAGAGGCAGAGUCCAGGGGUUGGGAGGAUGAGCCGACGCCUCAGCCCCAACCCAAAAGGAACGUGAGGAAGCCGCCAACAGCUACAACCGGAGUCAAGGGUGCGAAGGAAGGUGGAGUGACUGCUGCUGCCAAGAGUCGCCUAGCUGCUGUUAAGGCAGCUAUGAGGGCAAAGCAGGCGGCAUCUAGUGCCAAUGCUGAUGUCCCUGCUGCCUCUGCAGGCCACCCUGCUGAGGUUUUAGUGUUCCAUGGGGGUUUCUUCAAGGUGGAGAGCCCUGCCAAGUUGCCUGGUCCUCUAAGACGAUCAGCACGACUGAGUGCAGCCCCUUCCCCACAUCACUCCUCCUGCAUUGCUUCUAAAUUGACCACCCCUGCAAGUUCUCGGUGUUCCACCGCUGCAUCCCGGCUGGUCCUCACACCAACUAACAAGGCCACUGCAAGCCUUUCUCCUGCACAUACAUGCUCGACACUGACUCCAAAACUCACACACACAGAGGCUGUAGGAUCAAGCAGUAGACUGUCUUCCUUUUCUGUUCAGGAGCCAAAUGAGGGCCCUGUAAUGCAGUUGGCUGGUGACAACAGGCAGUCACUUUCAAGUGUCCAACUGGAGUUAACUCCAAAGCAUGCAGAAGCCCACAAUGAGAAGAGUUCUGUUGCCUCGGCAUUAGAGACCGUGUCUAGUCAGUCAUGGGUUAAUAAGAUGCAAGUUCUACACCUUGCAGACCAAGAAGGUGCCUCUGGUCAGUUUGUCACUGCAAAGGAGUGUCCCUUGACAGGCCAAAAUUCUACCAUUUUCUUCUCACCCUGCAAUAAAGCAGACUCUUCUCACCCCAGUGGCCAUCAGCUGAGUUUCACCCUCUCCCCCUGCCCUUCCGAAGCUGCAUCAACGGAACAUGGGCCUCUUGCCCCCACAGAGCUGUCCCUAACUUUACAAGAGCCACAUCAAUCUUCUGGCCACACAGUUGUCAUAUCCUCCUCUCCUCCACUCAGUUCUCCCAAUUCAGCUGACAUGGACAUGAUUUCAAAUAUCAACACAUCCUACACUGAGGAUGCCCCGGGCCUGGACUUUGAGCAAUAUCUCCGCCCUGCCUUGAGGAGUGGUCUUUCCCCACGACUGUCAGAUACUGCCAGGACAUCUCCUAUGUCAAUUGACAUUUUUGAGGAGGGUCCCGUGCCCUGGCUGGGAGAGCAGCCUGCAGGGGGUUCCCUUACACACAUGGGAGUCCUCGGAGAGAUGAGUUCCCUGGGACCAAUGUUCACACAGCAGAACAACAUGGCCACAGACUCUGGACUGCUGCCCUUCACCCCAGAACAGAGGAUCAGAGUGCGACCAUCAGUGUGCGAGAGAGAUCUCAUGACAUUCACCCCUCCCUUGAAGCACUAGGUGUAUGCGCCUUGAUUUCUUUGUAUUUAUUCCAUUGUUAUCACUUAGAGAAGCAGAAAAUUGUAUACAAAUGUUUUUAAAUGAGGUUCCUUUUUUUUGUAUGUAUCUAUUUUUUUUUCAUACAGGCUUUGUCCUCUUCUAACUUUGUUGCUAUAUCAAAGAAUAUAUUGUUUUCUAUUUUUUUGGUGAAAGAAUUUUGCUUUUCUCAGUUUCCAUUAAGGAUUCAGUGUUCAAAAAGAACCUGAAUGUGCAACUGUCCAGACUUUAUGUAACUCCUGCACUUAGUCCAAGUUAUGGUGAUUUGA